UAAUUAUCCAUUUAAUACAAAUUUCCUCUUCUAUGACUUGGGGACAUUAAGAGACCUUUACACCAACUUAAAGAUUAAGUCAGAAAUUUUGGAUGACAACUGUUCAGAGCCCCACAGGUGAGUUCAAAGACAGGGGUUGGACACACCCUGGUAGAAGGUUACACCAGUUCAAGCACUAGGAAGAGCAUGGGAGAGCCCUGAGAGGUGGGCUGGGCCUGGCCAGGUGGCACUUUGAUGGCCCUUCCUUUUCCUCUCUCUUCCCAUGGCCAGACUCAGGCAGGACAGCCCCAGGUGGCAGUCCCAGCCUACACCGCCCCUUCUUCAGGACACAGCCUUGCGCACUUCCAGGGCCUGGUAGCUUGUUCUUUCUCCUACCAGCUCUGCCUUGGGCACCCCCAAGCCCUGUGCUCCUGUGCUCUAUUCCCCAGGUCUUGGGCUUGGUAGACAGCAAGGAAGCUGCGACACAAGGACACAAGGGCAGGGCAGCUCCAUAGAGACACUGCAGGUGGGGAAUUCCAUUCCAGCCGGUCUUCCGGGUGCGGGGAGCCCGCUCCAGGGCGGGGAAUCAGCGGGAUCCUAUGCCACUCCCCACCCACUCCAGAAGCCCAAAACCCAGGAGGCCACAGCGAUGGCAGGCUCCCGGCACCCGGUGUCAGUGCAUGGGGCAGCCCUGGUGCAGAUCAAGCGGCUUCAGACUUUUGCCUUCUCCGUGCACUGGUCAGAUGGCAGCGACACCUUGGUGCGCAGGAGCUGGGACGAAUUCAGGCAGCUCCAGAAGACCCUCAAGGAGACCUUCCCGGUAGAGGCGGGCCUGCUGCGGAGAUCCGACCGCGUCCUCCCCAAGCUCCCCGGUCAGGCCGCGGGGUCCUGGGAGGGCGUGGAGGGCCGGGUGGGCUCGGGGGUGGCGGGCCCGCUCUACCUGCCUCUCACCUGCGCCGCUGCCCUUCCCAGCCUGGUGAUCCUACCCACCCCCGAGGAUCCCCUCCCCCUCCCCGCGGGCAGCCUUGCCAUCCACAGCCUGGAGGUGCAGAGCCUGCGCUGCCUGCAGCCCUUCCACACCCAGGACACGCGGGGCCGGCCCUUCCACACGCGGACCCAGGAGAGCCUGGACGUGCUGCUGCGACACCCUUCAGGCUGGUGGCUGGUGGAGAACAAGGACCAGCAGAUGGCCUGGUUUCCAGCUCCCUACCUGGAGGUGUCACCGGGCCAGGGCCAGGAGGGGGGCCCAUCCCUGGGGAGCAGCGGGCCCCAGUUUUGUGUUUCCUGUGCCUAUGAGAGCACCCGCAGGGAUGAGCUGUCAGUGCCCGCAGGGGCGUGUGUGCGCGUGCUGGAGACAUCGGACCGUGGCUGGUGGCUGUGCAGGUUUGGCAGCCAGGAGGGCCUCCUUCCCGCUGUGCUGCUGAGGCCAGAAGGGCUGGGAGCGCUUCUGGGCGGGCCAGGGUUCCAUGGAGGGGAGGACAGGGCAGGCGAGACCCGCCGCUCCCCCAAACCCCCCCAGGCCACAACCCCUCCCCCUACCGUGCCCGCCCGACCCCCACUGAGUGCCAUCCAGAGCCGCUGCUGCACCAUCACCCGUAGGGCUCUAGAGCGGGACCCAGGGCAUCAGGGGCCCCCUUGAAGGUGUGUGGAACACACAGGGAGGGCUGCACAGGCCCUAUGGUGCACCGUGCAGCCUGAAUGCUGUCCAGGGGAUCCAGACCAGGGGAUGACUGAUGGUGGCUGGGGGAGGUGAGGGUGAGGGAGGGCAUGACUUCCCAUUUCCUCUGAAUAAAUUUCUGAAUGACUCACA